AUGUUCGGCAGCAGCUCCAGCUCCUCCGCCGCCAAAUCCGACGCCGCGGCCACGGACUCGGCAAACCCAGACAAGAAAACUCCAGCUCCGGACUCCAAGCCCGCUUCGGCUCCUGAUGGAACUCCAUCAAACCCUUCCGGCUCAACUGCCAGCGGCGAGAAGCGCAGUGGUAAUGGCAGCCCGCCCGGACGACAGAACGCGGACAACGGCGACACAGAGAAGAAGCGUAGAAGUAGUGGUGUUGGAAGUAAAGCAAGCAGCCUCAUAGCUAGUGCGAAGAACUCCCUGAACUUCUCCCAGGGCGGCAGGACAAACAGCGACCUCAGUACACAGACGCCUCUGCAAAAAUUGGGCAAGCAGGACCAGUCGCUCGCGGUGCCCCAGGGCCAGCACAACAACUCGGCAGGUGAUUCCAUUCCAGGACCAAGAUCUACCUUCCGCGUCGGUGUCUGGGAGGACAGAAACAAGAAAUGCCGUCGCACCAUGGAAGACACUCACGCCUUCUUGUACAACUUCUUACAUACGCCCGCCCCUCUCUUGGCCCCGGAAACGGGCAGCAAGAGCGUGAAGUCUCAGAAGUCUGGAGAUGAUAAUGAUGCUCAACUUGAGGCAUCAUCGCAAGACAUCAUCGAAACCGACAACGGCUACUUCGCAAUAUUCGAUGGGCACGCUGGAACUUUUGCUGCCGAUUGGUGCGGUAAGAAACUACACCUCAUCCUCGAGGAUUUCAUCCGCCGGCACCCGAACGUCCCCAUCCCUGAACUGCUCGACCAGACCUUCACCAGCGUCGAUACGCAGCUCGAAAAGUUGCCGCUUAAGAACAGCGGUUGCACCGCAGCAGUCGCCGUUCUGCGCUGGGAAGACAGGGUUCCUAACUCGAAUUCUGCAACUGGCUCCCAAGCUAUUGCCCCGGCAGCCGCUGCAGCUUCGAAAGCUUCAGACGCGUCCAAGUCCAAGGACAGUAAGUCGGAAGACGAUGGCAACACCAUUGCGGUCCCAGAAUCAGCUCACGCAAGAUUAAAAGGUACCGCAGUGCGACAACGAGUUCUUUACACCGCGAACGUUGGUGAUGCUCGCAUCAUUCUUUGCCGGUCCGGUAAAGCUCUUCGACUCUCAUAUGACCACAAGGGGAGUGAUGAGAAUGAAGGCAAGCGCAUUGGUAAUGCUGGAGGCUUGAUACUCAACAAUCGCGUGAACGGCGUGUUGGCUGUCACGAGAGCGCUUGGUGAUACGUACAUGAAAGAUCUCGUGACUGGUCAUCCAUAUACCACCGAGACCGUGAUUCAGCCCGAGGUAGACGAAUUCAUGAUCAUCGCUUGCGAUGGGCUCUGGGACGUCUGCUCAGACCAGGAGGCAGUUGAUCUCGUUCGCGACAUACAAGACCCUGUGGCUGCUGCAAAGCUACUUGUCGACCAUGCUUUAGCCCGCUUCAGUACUGACAACCUGUCAUGUAUGAUUGUGCGAUUUGACAAGGCGGCUCUACUAGAUCAGCACAAUAACAAGGAUGAUCCUAUCGGAGUGGAAGGGGAUGCCAACACUGGAGGCGGCAAAGUUAGCGAAUCCGAAAAGAUCGUCAGCUCGACGAAGCGAAAGAUCGCUGAAGGCGACGCUCCAGCUGUUGGGGUCUCAGCCAGCAACAGCGGUCGAGGCCAUGAUCCUAGUCCUAUCGAUGGCGAGCCCUUCAAGCCAACCAUGAUCCACGGUUCGGUGGAGGAAGAACCAUCACAUCUUGAGGACAGCGAUGCCCCAGAGGUCACUUCGGACGCCAUUCCGAACCCCCGUGGCCUUCGAACUCCCGAGCCUACGGCCCCGGCCACCGCGGCGCCGCCAUCUAAACUAAAAUCUUGA